GCAUUAGCUUCUGCCUUGUUUAUCCACUCCCACCUCCCCGACAGUGAGGCGGAGGCCAUGCCGCCGCGGCCGCUGCGGCGGGCGUCCAGGCCGGCCCCUCCGCGUGCUCCUCGCCGACGCUGGGGCACCAGACGCGUUUUCCGUUCCGUCUUGGGCAUAGCCGAGCGCCAGCCGGCUCAACCGGCUCGAGGUGUCAGGUCGCACCGCCGCAACAGGCGUCCAUGGCGGCCCCUCCUCGUGCUCCUCGCCGACGACGGGGCACCAUGACGCCGUGUUCUCCGUUCCGUCUUGGGCGUAGCCGAGCGCCGCCUGCUCGCCCGCGCCACCGCGGCGGGCGUCGAGGACGCCUCCAUUCGAGCGCUCCUCGCUGACGACGAGCACCAGACCGCCGGUUUUCAGGGUCCAGGCCGAGAGAUCCUGCAGCCACGCCCGAGCUGCGCAGCUCGCCUCCAACCCUGCAGCAGCCGCUACCUUGCCGCGCGACCGCUAAGCUUUUCAGAGGAGGAAUCUUUGAUGGUGAACUACGAGGUCAGGGGAAAAGUAGCCAACAGCUCGAGCGGUGCGCUCGAUUCAUGUCGCCGUCGCAGGACCACUGGUCCUUCGGGAGGCGGCGAGGCAGACGGGAGGCAGGCGUGGUAGGCGCAGCAAGCCUUUGCGGCAGUUGCAGGCACGGCUAGUAAUUUCAGGUGCUUCUUCUUCCAGCAGGCGUCACCUGCGAGUCUCCCAUCUCUUCUCUCGGUCAUGAGUCAAUCAAGCUCACCACCAGGGAAAAAUGGCGGCGACGGCUACAUCUGCAACUGCGGCGCGAUGAAGAUGGGCGGCGUCGGCUGCCACUGCGGCUCCUACCUACUAUCCAAAUCCAAAGGAAAUGAACUAAAUAGGCCACAAAGGGAGAUGGUGAUGUACAAGAUCUCUAAGAUAGGGCGCGAAUUACCUGUGUUUGUGCAGAAGAUGACGAAAAAUGAUAUACUGAGUCCAAACCUGUAUUUUUGCAAGGCAUAUGUUUCGAGGUGUCUCCCGCGCCAACAAGAGGGCAACCAAAUAAUACCUCUCAAAGUUUUGCUGGAAGGUAUGCAGAUGGACGCAAAGCUGGUCUUCACGAAAUAUUCCCAUGGGACGUGGCCUACUAUAUAUCGAAAAGACUGGAAGAAAUUGAUCGAAGAUGCCGGGAUGAAGGCGGGAGACAUCUGCCUCUUCCAAGUUGUAGACAGGAGCAGCAGCGGGCUCACGAUGAUGGUCCAUAUGAUCCGCAAGUCGGAAAUGCUGCCUCGCAAGGAAGGAAGCACCAGCGUCGAGGCCAGCGAGCCUCGCGCGGAGGAGACACGCUUGGCCCAGCCGGGAGGAGACGCCGGCAAGCCUCGCGCGGAGGAGACCCACUCCUCCCCGGCGGGAGGAUACGUCGGCAAGCCUCGCGCUGAGCCCUCCGGAGGGAGCGACAGCGACAGCCGCCCCCAUCUGAAUGUGAAGAGGAGUCUCUCGCCUUCACCUGGCGAGUCCCUUCAAAAGGAGAAGAAGAUGCAGUUAGGGGCCACGACGUCCACCGAGUCCUCAGCGAAGGCGCCCGCUGAGGAGACCCAUGCGCCCCUGUCGAGCCCUGAGGGGCGUGAGGAGAUGGCCCGCCAUGUUGAGGCGGCGACGGGGCAGACGGUGACCGAGGAUGAUUGUGUGACUUCGCAGCCGCACCAAGACUUGCCUCCCCCAGCUGGGAGGAACGAGCUUCGCAAGGGAAGGGGCCUCCGGAGGUGAGGAGGUGCCUCUAAAGGCGCGACGAGCCCCCAGCACAAGCCCACAGACGUGAAAUAACAUCAGGAUGUCAGCGAAAGCACAGACGUGAAAUAACAAUUUUGCAUCUGAUAGUAGGGUACUACUUUUACAAGUCAAAAAGGCCAAAACAAUUUUCAGCCCGGGUACUUCCACAUCUCAGAA